AAAAAGUGAUAAGAAAUGUCAUUUAUCUCACACAGAAAAAAAAGAUGAAGAUUCUCCAUUCGAGAACUUCUUAUUUUUAUUCAAUGCGAGUACGAACAAUCUUCAUCAGAUUCAAACAUCUAGCCAUCUUUGGCGGAAGUCUAAUAUUAUUUUAACAACGUGCCAUUUUAUUAUUCUUAAAUGUGUGUAUAAUUUUAUAAGAAUUUUAUAUUGAAUAACACGAUAACACGAAAAAUGAAUUCUUUUCGAAUUUCUUCUAUCCCAAUUUUAUUGGGAUUUAUAUUGGUAUUGUGUUUUGUCAAUUCAAGUGCACCGGCGAAUACUGUAGAAAAACUCCCAACAGUUCUAAUUGCAACACUUAUUCGCAACAAAGAACAUACUUUGCCAUAUUUUUUGACCUACUUACAAAAUCUAUCUUAUCCAAAAGAUCGUAUUGCGUUGUGGUUUCGUUCUGACCACAAUGAAGAUAACAGCAUUGAAGUUGUUGAAAUUUGGUUAAAAAAGUUUAAAGACCAAUAUCACAAUGUGGACUUUACAUUUGAAAAAACACCAAAAAACCAUCACAAUGAAAGUUCUCCAACUGAUUGGCCUGUGGCUAGAUUUAAUCAUUUGAUAGCAUUGAAAGAGGAAGCCCUACGAAAGGGAAAGGAAAUAUGGGCAGAUUAUUUGUUUCUAUUAGAUGCUGAUGCUCUUCUAACUCACCCCGAAACCCUUACACAUUUGGUAUCGUUGCAUUUACCAAUUGUAGCUCCAAUGCUUAUGUCCGGUGGACUAUACUCGAAUUUCUGGUGUGGCAUGACAAGUGAUUACUAUUACCAGCGAACAGAUGAAUACAAAGAUAUUUACAAUAGUGAAAAGAUUGGCCAUUUCCCAGUGCCAAUGGUACACACUGCUGUAUUGAUUGAUCUUAACUAUCAACCGACUGACUUGUUGACAUUCGAUCGUUCUAAUUUGAUUGCAAAGCAGACAAGUAAUCUAUUGAACCCCACGUGUCGUUUGUAUAAUGGUCCUCUCGAUGAUAUCAUUAUUUUUGCAUCAUCUGCAAAUUGCUCGGGAGUUCCUAUGUUUGUUAGCAAUGAGAAGGCGUUUGGUUAUAUUUUGGAACCAUUGGAUAGUAAUGAAGCAAUUAGUCGUGAUCGAAUGCAAUUGUUGAAUAUGAAGACAACGAUAAUAGUUGAUCAUCCAGUUGGGGAUGUUUUGGUUGAUGAUAUAUUCAAGAGUUAUAUUCAUUUUCCGGAGAAGCAUAAAUUAACAUUGGAUCAUAUUUACAUGAUCAAUUUGGAAAGGCGACCAGAGCGUAAAUUCAGAAUGGAUAACUUGUUCCGUGAACUUGGUUUGGAUGUUGAACAUUUCCCAGCGGUCGAUGGCAAAAAACUUGAUAUCAACAUAAUCAAGGAUAUGGGAAUCGAACUUUUUGAAGGCUACGAAGACCCCUACCAUCAUCGUCAAAUGACAAUGGGAGAGAUUGGUUGUUUUCUAAGUCACUAUCGUAUUUGGGAAAAAAUGAUUGCUAAUAAUCAAAAAGAAGUUCUCAUAAUUGAAGAUGAUAUUCGUUUUGAGUCAUAUUUUACUGAUCGAGCAGUAAGUAUUCUUGAACAAGCUCGAAACACUGGAGAAUUUGAUUUGAUAUACUUUGGUCGAAAAAGGCUAAAGGAUGAAAUUGAACCAGAAGUUGAAAAGACUGAAAAUCUUGUUCACGUUGGCUAUUCAUAUUGGACUCUCGGUUAUGUGCUAACUUUAAGUGGUGCCAAGAAACUUAUUGCAAGUGAACCGCUUAAAAAACUUAUUCCCGUCGAUGAAUAUCUUCCUGUUAUGUUUAACAGACAUCCCAAUGAUACAUGGAGUUCAGGAUUUUCUCCUAGAAAUUUAAAAGCCUACAGUGCGGCUCCACUCAUUAUGUUCCCAACUCAUUACACUGGUGAAACUGGUUAUAUAUCCGAUACAGAAGAUUCUGAAGUUACAACACAGAAACUUUUAAAUGACGUAAAGGAUGCACAAUAUAAAAGCGAUCGCGAGACUAAUUUUGCUGAAGAAACAAAAAAUAUUUUGGAAGCAGAACUUCAGCAAAUUACAAAUGAAUUUGGCAGCACUCUUAGCAAACAUGAUGCUGCAGAACUGUAAUGGAUAUCCUUUGGAAGACUUAAAAUUUAUAUAUAUAUACUCACUAACGGUUAUAUCGGAACAAUCGUCAUAAUUUUAGUACUAUUUUGCCAUGACUUAUGUGCCUUAUAAAAAGAGCAACGAAUCUCUUUUUUUUUUUGUUUUUAUUUCGAUUUGUUUUUGUAACAACAUAUUGCAUGUAACUAAAAUGAUACAAAGAAGCUAUGUAACAAAUAAGCAAUAUGAUUGCACAAAUAAAAAACUAGUUUUAAGGUAUUUUGCCAAAAAAUAUUGUAUGCAGUGCAUCUAAUAAAAUAGUUAUUCCUAAUAAAAUAG